AUGAAAUUAGGAAUAAUAGGCAUAGCUGCUUCGGUAGUUGCCGCUCGCACUUAUACAGCAGUUAGUCGGGACUUACGAACUGAAAUCUAUUCCGAUAUUGUAGCCCCAGAAGUUAAAAAAGGAAUUAUCGCAGGUGAAAUUGACGGGGUUCAAAAAACAAUAGGAGUAGUUGAGUUUGAUAAUGCUGGUGAUGGUAUAGAGGAA